UUCCGGUCACCGGUAGCACCCGGUCGUCGAACAUCAUCUCCUCGUCAGUGAUCGUAUACGCACACUCGCGCGCGCGCGUGUGUGUGUGUGAAAGAGAGAGAACUCGACACCUCGGCGUGAACACGCGCUCACCACCGGUAUUGUAUCGACCAACACUAUUCAUGGCGUCCACAAAUAUACCUCCCGAAAUUCCACCGCGAAGACACAGCUCAACCGUUUCACCAAACAAGAUUAUUAAUCAAAAUUCUGAUGCAGAGUCUAAGGCAAAACCCCCUUCCUUUCUAUCACGGAGACAUUCAUCUUGUAUUGACGAUAACAUGGAUAAUGAAACUGACACUGCGUUGUACUCGAUCACUCCACCGACAGGGGUGCCUUUGAUUCCAGCAAGACGAAAUCCGGGACCGCCAGUGAUAGGUCCCCGGCCGGCCCAAUACAAGUUGCCACCACCGCCGCGUGCGACAAAUAUCUGCGCUGGCGAUUUACCGACCGACCGACAGACCAUCAGAGGGUACAUCGAAGAUCAUCCCAAAGACGUGGUCGUUGUCCAACAACAGCCGCAGCAGCCACAACAACCACAACAACCACAACAACCACAGCCACCACAGCAGCCACAACAGCAACCGCAACCGCAGCAACAACCGCAACUACGCGCCAGAAGAUUCAAAGUACCGCCACCCAUCAAAUGCAUUUCCGAGCCGCUGGACGGUGGUAGCCGCGAGAGUUACGAGAUGAUGACGCCAGCUAUGACUAUGUCACCCAAUAGACAGGACAGCGGUCACUGGAGUGACUCAUUCAGCGUCAACUCGUCGCCCGGCUACUCGACUAAGAGCAUGGAAACACCACUGUUGUCAUCACACGCCAAAAUGAUACCGUCCAGGUCGAACAAGAAACGUUUCAUAUUAGACAGGUACGUGGUGUGCGAUCAGUGGAAUGGCCGGGCCAGGUUUUCGCCAGCCAACAGCGGUCCGAUCAGCUCCAGCAGCACGGCCGAGCUGACCAAGAGCCAUUCGACACCAGCCAGCCUGCAAGCAGUCGUCGAGUUCAAUGAAAACUCACCUAACUCGCUGCAACACCGGGUAUUGGGGACCGAAGCCAUUGAUGUUACUGAAGUAUUCAUUCGGCUGCAAAGGCGACAAGUGGUGUACAACAUCGCCAUACUGAUAUUUAUUACAGUGCUUUUAAUAUUUUUCGUACGAGUGGGGUUACCCAGCAGUGGUGGCGGUCAAAUAUCCGUAAGCAAAACGGCGUCGACUAUCAUGCGGAACUCAAACGCCGCGGCCUCCGCAGUAGACUAUAUCAAUGGCAGCGGUUCGCCGUUCAAGACCAUUUCCGUUGACGCUGACCUUUCGUCGGUGCACGCUGCCACCACCGACCCGUCGUCAAACAUGACAGCAUCGACUCCGAAAAAAAAUUAUGUUCCGAUCAUUCUGCCGAAUCCGCCGGCGGUUGAUGAUAUGUACGACGUUGCCAUUUUCAAUCCUAUGUAUCCCAUCGUCAGCUAUCCAAAAAGCACUUGCCUACCGUCUUUUUGUCAAAACGUCACAUCCACCUUACCACAGUACCUGUACACUAUACCUUACAAGACAGAAUACGAUCCCAGAGAGUUGAUAGCAUUGGAGUCUGUUGUAAAUGUCCGUUGCUACGAGUUGACAGCACUGUACUUUUGUGCGCUUCUUGCCUCCAAAGGCUGUGGAGACCGAAAAUUGAAACCUUGUCAGUCGCUUUGUAAAGAGACAAUUCGGAGCUGUGGUUUCUUUUUUGACAUAUUCGAAGCGUAUCACGAACACCGGGACUGUACGCAGUUCCCAAACGACAGCAACAACCCGAACACGUUUUGCAUCGGACACCGGGAAGUACUCAACGUCAGAAAAAUGAAGCUCAGAGGACUAUGUCAUGAAGGUUUUAGGUGUGACAAAAAAAGAUGCAUUCCAAUGGAUUGGAAGUGUGAUGGACAUUUUGACUGUGAAGAUCACACCGACGAAUUGAAGUGUUCACAAUGCCCAGAUCAAUUAUUUUGUGGCGCUGGAAAAUGUAUAGCUGUAGAGCACAUUUGCAACGGCGUAUUCGACUGUGAAUGGGGACAAGACGAACGGAAUUGCGUGCGACUUAGUGGCGAGAUGGGAGUAAUCGGCGAAGGGAUGUUGGAGCUUUAUUCGCCGAACACGACAUCUUGGCGACCCGCGUGCAUUCAGAGCUGGGAUUCAGAACUGUCGGCCACCAUAAUUUGCAACAUACUUGGAUACAAACUAUCAUCUAGAAGCAUGCUCGGCGAAAACAAUAAGCUUUUGGCCUCCGUUAAGUACAAUCAAUCAAAAGAGUACUACGACGAAAACAAAAUGACUGUGUACAGGGAAAUCCGAUACUGUCCGGAUACGUUCUUGUAUCCGUCUAUAAGUCUCUUAUGCUCUAAUUUUGAGUGCGGUGUCAGGCGGAGACCGCAAACCAUAUUUCGCAAGACGAGGAUUGUGGGCGGCAGACCAUCAUUGCCUGGCGACUGGCCGUUUUUGGCCGCUAUCCUCGGCGGCCCGGAUGAGAUAUUUUACUGCGCCGGAGUGUUGAUAUCCGAACAGUGGGUUCUAACGGCAGCUCACUGCACUGGAGGGAGGAAAAUCUUAGGUGACCUUUCAGAGUGGACCAUACAGCUGGGCAUGACCAGGAGACAUUCUCAUUCGUUUUUCGGGCGAAAAGUGAAAGUGGAAAAAAUUAUCAGACACGAAAAGUACAACAACGGGCCCGUUCAGCACGAUCACGAUAUCGCACUUUUCAAGCUCAGCGAAAAAUUAACGUUUCACGAGUUUUUACUUCCGGUGUGCUUACCACCGCCGAAUAUGGUUUUGAAAGCAAAUAUCAGCUGUACAGUCAUCGGAUGGGGAAGACGCAAUGGUCUCGAAGGAGCCGAUUAUGAACCGACAGUAAAUGAAGUUCAAGUUCCCGUACUGGAUAGAGAUUUGUGUAACACGUGGCUAAAACAGAAGGACGUUAACAUUACGGAGGGGAUGAUAUGCGCCGGGUACGAGCAGGGUGGCAAAGAUGCAUGUCAGGGCGACUCGGGCGGUCCACUACUGUGUCCGAUGGAAGGAUAUAGAGACCGGUGGUUCGUGGGUGGCAUCGUCAGCUGGGGCGUGGAGUGCGCGACACCCAGCCUGCCUGGUGUGUACGUCAACGUGCCCAUGUACACGGAAUGGAUCAAGAAUAAUAUACGUACCGACCAGCUGUUUUCGUCGGCAGACGACGAGUAUUGAACGUGAUUUUUUGCGAGCACAGCGCGAUCGGUUUUCAUCCGUUCGUCGUCCCAUCUCCUAUGUCCCUUAUCACCAAACGUACACUUCAAGAGCUGCAAUUUUCCGCAUUGUUAUCUGCAGUGGUUGUCGUCUUUGGGUUUCCCUUAAUGGCAAAUAAAAUAUUAACGAAAAACAGUACAGUACAUUGAUACAGAUUUCAAUAUUAUGUUUUACAACGACCUUUUGUGAUUUUGAUCAGUCGAUCGGUUCGAUUGAAAAAUGUGUAAUAACAACAUUAUCUUUUAACUUUUCAUAAUGAUAUGUACGAUGUCUGCCGUAAUAUGAUAAAUGAUUUAUAUAUUUUGUAAGACGUUGCGAAAAACCUCGCGAUUUAUAUCAUAUUUAUUCCGUUUCUAUACAAUUUAAACGCUGUAGGUAUUUAGUCUAAUAUUUAAAAUAAAUUCUUCUUGAAACUAUAAGUGCCUAUACAUUCAAAAAUGUCAAGGUAUAUUCGAAAUUUUUGCCUUGUUUUUUGAGUGCGAUACGAUAGUUUCAUACUGUAAACUAUGGCGGUGGAUAGCUGAAUAUGCUACACGAAAACAUAAUUUCAACAUUUUUCAAAUGGUACAUUUUCUCAUUGACAUUAACGGAGCUUAUAAUAUUUGAACUUUGUGAUUUGCGCUACUAAUACCCGUGUAACACAAAAAAUUCGUUGAUACGAUAUUUUCGCACGUAUCAUCACUGUCGGUACAUCAUAUUAGUUUAAAUAUCCGACAAAUUACUUAAAACUAAAACUUUUAUAGGAAGUGUACUACACUGUAUACGUUUAAACAAUAUGGCACGUACAAUCAUAGUUAUCCGUCCAAGAAUAUAACUCCUGAUUUAUCUUAUACUUUUAUUUCGCUUGGAACUUUUAUUAAAAUUAACGAUAAAUAUAAUAUCGUGUAGUUAUACUCAAAUACUAUCCGAUUUCUUGAAAACCAAAAUAUUUAUAAUUAUGACCUAAUCUACUCACAUCUAUCCAAAUGGGUAAUAAUUUUGUUUUAUUUAGAUUUACUAUUAGAAGUGCCACUCGUUUUAUUUUAUUAAACGAUAUAAUUAUAAUACAAUACGUUCGAAAUAUGAAACGAGUAGAAAAUAGUCACGUAUUAGGUUAUGUUAGGUAAUUAUGAUCGCAAAGAGUUUAAUUUAUUUUUUUACCGAAAAUCUUAACUAUAAUAUUAUUACCUAUAAAACGUUAGUAUGCAAUUUUCGGCAAAACUAUUAAUUUUCUAUUCACAUACCAGAUAUCACUGUUAUUGUGUCAUUAGUCACAACUUCCAUAUAACGUUGAAUUAAAAAAAUAAAUCAAAAUUGCUCAUUGAUGAACAUAUUCAGACAAAAAACAAAAAACACAGACACACAGACACAGACACAGACACACACAGACACAGACACAGACACACACAGACACAGACACAGACACACACACACACACACACACACACACACACACACACACACACACAUACACAUACAUUGUUUAGAAUAUUAUUGUUAUUGUAAUAUACUUCAAGUUGUCGUGUGGCAAAAACGUAAAGCGAUAAACAAUCUUAUGCGAAAGUCCUACACGGAGCGCAUUGUAAUCUUCAUGGCGACGGUAUUUGAAACAAUAAAUAUAAUAUUUUAUAUUAAUCCAAGACAAAAAGUGAGAUUUUUUUUGUAUAUCUAUUAAAUUUAAGGAACACUUAUAAAAUUGUAUUAAUAUUAAAAACAAAAAUAGGCUAAUAAAUAGUUGUGCGUAGAAAGAUAUAAUAUUGGCCAGUCAGCUAUUUUUAUAAAAACAAAUAGGUACAACUAAAAAAAAAAAAAUAAUUACAUUUAUUUGAUAUAUUGUAUAUCAUAUUAAAUAUAUUAAAUUACAUAUAUUAUUACUAAUGAACUUUCAAAAAACAAAGAUAACAACGCAGGACACCCUCUAACAUGAUUUCCGUUUAAACGAUUAGAGUUAGAUAAUUUUUGGUGAAUAUAUUUUCUGACAAAUAACAGAAACUAAUCAAUUAGUUGAACUCAAUUAGCACAAUAUUUUGAAGUUUAAUAUCGAUCAAUGUAAAAGUUAAUUCUAUAUGCUAGGCUUAUUAUAGCCAUUCUUGUGCAAUAUGUCACUUGUAAAUUAGUUGGAUAAGUAUUGCAAUUUGUGAAAAACUACUAUUACUUUAGCUCAAGCUUUAAAUGUGAUUAGUUUUCAAAUAGUUAAAAAUAUACACAAUAUUAUAAUAUGAUAAGCAAACAUAUUAAACAGUAAAAUACACGUAAAUAUUGUAAAAAUAAAAACAUGUUUGACAUAUGACAAUAUAUAAUAUAAAUUAGAUAUAAUUAUUAAUACGUGCAACUAUGGAAGUUUCUGUUCUAUUGUAGCUUAGAAAUCGUAUACGAUCAUUACUGUGGUUGUACAACGUACAAUAGUAUUAUAUUAUAUAAUGAAAUAUUAAGGGCGUUUAUUGAUAUUUUCUAUGUACAUUGUUUAUGAGGUGUUUGGAAUAUGAUUGAUGAAUAUUGAUAUAUUUUAUGAUAAAUAUUUGAUGAUUGGAAAAAUAUAAAUACUUAUUUUUCUAUUAUGGAUGUCCUGAUGGACAGUAGUUUUCAAUGCUAAUGAACCAUGGCAUGGGACUUAAAAACUUUGUAAAAAAAAAAAAUGUGAUUAUCGGAAUGGCAAAUUAAUAAUGUACCAAAUUGUUAUUUUUGACUACUAGUGUCGUGUUAUAUUGAUUUUUGUACCAAAACAAAUAUUUAUAUACAUUACAAAUGUACGCUAAAAUGGAUGCAAUUUUAUGUAAGUGAUAGGAAAUUUCAUAGUUACCAAAAAUAUUGAACUAUAAUUAUGGGGUGAGGGUAUGAGAAUGUUCUGAAUAAUUUUUCAAAAAUAUCUUGAUUUGUUCCAAUAAUAUUGUGUGCGAUUUAAACCAUUUUAUGCGAUCUAUCAAACAAUAUAAUAUUUUAGAUUACAUUAAACGACAUAUUGUAUAAGGUAUAAAUUAAGCGAAUUGUAUUAUAUUAUAAAUGUUCAUACAUCGACAUUCGACAUGACGCAUAUACAAUGUUAGAAACAAUUAUUAAAAAUUUUUCACAUUAUUGAACAUUUUCAUACUCAU